GGUUGCUUCUUCGAAUUGAAGCUUAAAGCAAAGGGGUUUGUUCAUUCUUCAGGGAAACCCUAGGAGGGAGGGAGAGAGAGAGAAGAACCUAAUUUGAUUGCCCGAGUUCUGUGCCCUAGCUUUGCCUUGCCUCAAAAUUCAGUUUAAGGUGUUAGAAUUAAAUGGGACAUCCAAGCUGGUGACGCAUGGAAGCGUUUCGGGAUAUCUUCUAGUAAAUGCUGAGGUUGAUUCCAUUCCAUGGGAGGAGUUAUCGAUAGUGGAGGUGGUAUUGGUCUCAAAACGUCUCCGUGCCCAACGGCUAUUGAGAAGGCUCAAGCUGAGCUAAGGCAAGAGUAUGAUGUCCGUGAGGAAAGGAGGAGAGAAUUGGAGUUUCUCGAGAAAGGAGGUAAUCCCUUGGAUUUCAAGUUUGGUAUUGCAACUUCACUUAGCUUCCAGUCUACAUCACUCACAGAUCAGCAAGCUGAGCAUUUUGUCAACAGUGAAGUCAAGGGUAGUUUUGCUCUGACUCCCUCACCACGUGGAGACUCUGCGGAGAGUAGUGGUAGACCUGUAGUUCCUACACUUUCUGAACCCAAUACAGCGGAUAAUCUUCUACUGUUUGAUUCUGGAAAUAAGUCAGUUGAGGGAGAAAACAAUUCGAAAUAUCCUAAUACGCAAAACAGAACGUCCGAGUCAGAACGUAACCAGAAUACCAAAGAAACAGAGGAUUCCGCCAUCUUUCGACCGUAUGCUCGUAGGAACAGAACAAAAAUAAAUCGGGAUCCAGCACGGUCAAGCUCUAUGGAUUUAAUGCAGAACCGUGGUGGUCUUGCAACCUCUACUCGCAGAGGAUCAGUGGACGGAAAGGGUUGUAUUCCUGACGCAGCCAAUCAAAAGGAUAAGCAAACAACCUCUGUAUCUUGUCCACUAUUUGCAAAUUCAAAUGGUACUAUCGUUCCAAAAAAUGUAGUUCCUAGCAAUCUACUGAAUACCAAGGUGGAUGGUGGACCUGUCAUACGAGAGGAUGCUGCUGGAUCCAGAUCUAGUCUAUUGAUAGAUGAAGCAGACACAGCAUGUAGAAAAAGCUCCGCAGAUGGCCUGGCUGAGAAGAAGGCAUGCCUAGUUUUGAAUAAUACAGAGAUUGGUUCGCCUAAAGCUGCAGCAGUAGCUGGCCAGAAAAAUAAUUAUACCCAAUUCAAUGAGCUAGGAGAUUCUACUGGCGAAAAGGAAAGUUUAACAGAUAGAGGAGUUGCAGGGACAAAAGGGUUAGAGUCUUCUCAUGCUAACAACGUAGAAGUAGAUGUAGAUACUGGAAGAGAUCUUUAUAAAGUGGACAAACUCGACUCAGAUGAAAUCUCUAUGCAGAAGGCUUCCAGAGUAGAAGGGUUGCUUAAUCAAACAGUUGAUGAACUGACGAUUGAGGAUGAGAAAGGCCGAUCUACCACCAUUACUGGUGAAUGCAGUCCUACGCGUGAAUUGCAGACAGUCAAAAUUGAAAAUGAAACCUACAGAAGUACACCUGAGCUGCAAAAUGAAGAGAAAUGUUCUGACACUGAGAGAAAGCUUCAACAUGGGUUGGUUGUACACGAAAAUGACAAGAAAGUUGGUAGUGUUUUAGCUAACAACCCUAGCAGCUCUUUGAACCCUGCAAUCCCUCAGGCAUCUGUAAAUGCAAAUUCCAGCGUGGUUGGUAAUAACGUAUUGUCAGGAACUGACGUUGAAGCAUUAAAACAUCAGCCUUGCUCAGAUGGGGGCUCAAAAGUGUUAGAUAGUGUGAAGGAAGACUCUAUUCUUGAGGAGGCACGAAUUAUACAGUUAAAGAGAAGAAGAAUUGCCGAGUUAUCUUGUGGUACUGCACCUGUGGAGGUUCGUGAGAAAUGUCAAUGGGAUUUUGUCCUUGAAGAAAUGGCAUGGCUGGCGAAUGAUUUUGCGCAGGAGCGCCUUUGGAAAAUGACUGCUGCUGCACAAAUUUGCCAUCGAGUUGCUUUGACUUCUCAGCUGAGAUUGGAGAAACAAAUUCAGUACAGAAAGCUGAAAAAUAUAGCUUCAAUCCUAUCUAAUGCUAUCUUGGAAUUCUGGAGUUCUGUGGAGGUUCCUGGGGAGCUGGAGGAGACAAACUUGGGAAUUAAUAAGGAGACGUGCCAAGAAUCUAAUUGUGAUAGUGGCAGAAAAUCUUCUGCGGGUGUCAGGGAGUAUGCAAGUAGAUUCUUGAAGUAUAACAAUUCUUCUGUUCCCUAUCAUUCAGCUGCACCAUCGACACCCGACUACAUGUGUGACGCAGAAAUAUUGGAUGUAUCUCUUGUUGACCAUCAGCUAACAGAAGAAAGCCUAUUUUAUUCAGUUCCAUCGGGUGCAAUGAAGGUGUACCAAAUAUCUAUUGAGACCCAUCUCGCACACUGUGAGGAGUAUGGAAACAGCAUGAAGGAGGAGGUUGAUACAUCAGCCUAUGAUGCUGCUGGAGAUAUAGAAUACGAUGUCACAGCGUUUGAUGAGGAUGAAGGAGAAACGAGUGCCUAUUAUCUUCCUAGAGCUUUCGAAUGCAGCAAAUCAUUUAAUUUAAGCCACAAAAAAAGGAAGAAUUUGAUGAAGUCACAUUCUGCCCGGUCUUAUGAUCUUGGAGCUGAUUUACCCUACGUUAACUACACAGGUGGGUCUAACUCAUCAAAUUUGAGGGCGAAAAGGCCUGCUAGUAAUAUAAAUGUCGGCUCAGUUCCGACGCGCGUGCGCACUGCUUCCAGGCCGAGGAUUGUGGGUUCUUUUGGAUAUGCUACUGCUGGGAGCUUACCAGUGCCGUCAAAGACAGAUGCAUCUAGUGGGGAUACUAGUUCUUUUCAGGAUGAGCAAAGUAGUCUGCCUGGUGGAUCAACAUUUCAAAAAUGCACAGAGGUUGAAUCAAGUGGUACCUUUGAGAAGCAGUUACCUUAUGACAUGGCUGAAACGUCAGGAAAACCUAAAAAGAAGAAGAAGAUUCAUCUGGGGUCUGCUUAUGACCAAACCUGGCAUCACGAUUCAUCAGUCCAUGCUGAACAGAAGGACCACUGGAAGAAGCGACCAGAGAAUCAUUUUGAUACGAAUGGUCUGUACGGUCCUCAUGCAAAGAAGCGAAAGACCACCAAGCAAUUGGUGGAGAACAAUUUUGAUGGGGUCAUGGGUCUCACUGGAUCAAUUCCUUCUCCGGCAGCUUCCCAGAUGAGCAAUAUGUCCAACUCCAACAAAUCUAUCAAAUUUAUUGGAGGGCGUGAUAGGGCCAGAAAAAUAAAAGGCCUUAAGAUUUCUUCUGGCCAGCAUGGUUCUGGAACUACGUGGUCACUAUUUGAGGAUCAGGCGCUUGUUGUCUUGGUGCAUGACAUGGGCCCUAACUGGGAGCUAAUUAGUGAUGCAGUGAAUAGCACUCUUAAAAUCAAGUGUAUAUAUCGUAAUCCGACUGAGUGCAAGGAGCGGCAUAAGAUUCUGAUGGACAAGACUGCCAGUGAUGGGGCUGAUAGUGCUGAAGACUCGGGGACUUCACAGUCUUAUCCAUCCACUUUACCUGGCAUACCGAAGGGAAGUGCAAGACAGUUGUUUCAGCGACUGCAAGGGCCAAUGGAGGAAGAUACCCUGAAGUCCCAUUUUGAGAAAAUUUGUUUAAUUGGGAAGAAGUUACACUGUAGAAAGACACAGAAUGAUGGUCGUGAUCCGAAGCAGAUAGUACCAGUUCACAAUUCACAAGUCAUGGCUCUUUCUCAAGUAUUCCCGAAUAAUUUGAAUGGAGGUGUUCUAACGCCCCUUGAUCUCUGUGAUGCGUCAACUUCAGGUCAAGAUUUAUUUUCACUUGAAAGUCCAGGUUCACAUCCGGGUCUUCCAAUGUCGAAUCAAGGGACGCCAGUGCUCCCUACUUCUGGAGCCACUCCAUCCACUUCGGGAUCAUCUGGUGUGGUUCCGGGUAACAAUUUACCAACCACACCUGGUCUACACAGUACUUCUGCAAGGGAUGGUAGAUUCAACGUUCCUAGAGGGUCUUUACCACUUGAUGAACAACACCGACUCCAACGACAUAAUCAGAUGUCAUCGGGUAAAAACCUGCAGCAGAAUUCUAUAUCAACUCAUGGAGCUGUCUCAGGAUUGGGACAUCGCGUGGUUCCUGGUGUAAACAACACCACGGGCGUAAGUGGAACGAACAGGGGCACACCCGUGUCGAGUGGCUUUCAAGGGAUGGGCUCACCAGCAAUGCCAAAUAAUGUUAGCAUGCUGUCCUCUGGUAUGGUGGGAAUUCCAAACUCUGGAAGAGGAGCUUCUCAAGGAAACUCCAUGCUCAGGCCUCCUCGUGAAGCCGUUCAGCAUAUGAUGCGGGCUGCUCAAGGGAACAGUCAAGGGAUCCCAGCUUUUGGUAGUUUGAGUUCUGGAUUUACCAACAACCAGACAACUUCUGUUCAGUCGUUCCCAGGCCAUGUUUCCCAGCAGCAUCAGAUGCCACAGCAGUCGCAUGUACUUGGCAACUCGCAUAAUCCUCAGCUCCAGAGCCCAAACCUAAGUCAUGCCACUGGGGCACAGCAAGACGGAUUUGCCCUCCGUCAAAGGCAAAUGCACCAGAGGUAUAUACAGCAACAGCAGCAGCUCGCAGCAUCUAACACCACUGUGCCACAUGGACAACAACCUCAGGGAACUUCUGUUUCUCCUCCUCCACAAAAAAGUCCUCAGCCUCAACCACCUGUUUCGUCUCAGCCCUUACCAGUGCCCUUAAUGUCGACCUCUCCUAAUAUUAGUGCUAUGGCACAACAGAACCCUCAAAAGUCUCAGUUGCUUCUUCAUGGUCUUGGUAGGAAUCCUCACUCUGCUGCUCCUGGAGUGAACAAUCAAGCUGGAAGACAACGGCAGCGGCAACUCCAGCAGCAAUCUGGAAGACAACAUCCACACCAGCGACAGCCAACGCAAGGUCAGCAGCCGAGUAAACAAUCAAAGGGGAUGGGUAGAGGAAACAUGAUCCAUCAGAACAUCACUGUUGAGCAGUCACACCUGAAUGGUCUCACCAUGCCCCCAGCAAAUCAGGCUACCGAAAAAGGAGAGGCAGUGGUUCCAGUUAGGCCUGAUCAGCAACGGCCCAAAGCAUUUCCUGGAGCUACAUCUCCGUCCCAACAACAACAACAGGUACAGUUACCUUCAGACGAUUGCAUUCAAGGCCAGAGCUCAUCUGCGGCCUCAUGUAACGUCUUAUCGACGUCUAGCCCGUCAGUUUCACCAGCAGUUGCACCUUCCAACCAUCAGCAUUUAUUACUACACCAAAAGCAGCGCAAUCAGGUGCAGCCAACAGCUCAGCGAAUUGUUCAUCAGAAUCAUCUAGGUAAGUCUGAAUUAGCAACGAAGUCCCAAGCUGAAUUUGUGGCACGUGUUCCGCAGUCUGUCACCAGUACCACACAAACAGCUAGUGGAAUAAGUACGAGCAAGGGUAUGCCUCAAGUGAGUAAUGAUUCGAAAAAAGUUAAAGCAGUUGGUUCUAUUGCUAUGCCUUCUCCAAUUGCAUCGGAUCCUCCAUCAAAUGCCGCCUCUGUGCAAAGCGCUGCUCCUAAAGUAGCAAACAGUUCUAAUACAGAUUCAGCUUGUAGUAAUCCGGUAACAACACCAAACGAAGGACUAGCGCAGAAGCAUUUGCCUGCUGGCGUACCUUGUCAGGAGCUCAAGGGCGUGAUACAGAGACAACCAUCCCUACCUUCAGUGGAACAGAGACGACCAAAGUUGCCAGAGCAGCUGACUGUACAACAUCAGAAACAUCUUGCUUCUGAUCAUCAGCCUCCUCAACUGGAAGAAGCACAAAAACUACCAUCUCCCAAGCCCCCUGACACAAAAGUGGAAUGAGAGGCACAUCAGAUGAAACCUAGAACCUCUGAGUAGUUGUAAAUCCUGCAAAGGGUUAUGCUGGCCCUGUGCAGUUACUCAAAAACUGGUUUGUACAGAGUCGGGGUCUUCGCUUUGUGGCAUUAAACAUCAUCAAGUGGGUGGUCUUUGGAUAUGGCUGAGAUGGUGUAUAACUUAAACAUUGGUUUUUUUCCAGCCAAAGUAAAUUGUAAACUCUGCAGGUUUGAGUUUGCAUAUUGGAUGGGGGCAGAGGAAGAUAAACGGAGAAAGAAGGUGGAUAGAUAGAUUCAUGAUGGUCUUUUUGACAUCUAUGUAAAUUACCGCUGCAUCAUAGAGAGAAGUCAUCUCAUGGUUUGGGAGAGUAGAAACAGUUUAUAAUGUUUUGUAUAGAAGUCUGCUCUUCCACUCCUUUUUCUUUGUUUCCUCAUCAUGUGGCAUAUAUUUAGGGCCCUUAGUAGCCUUUUCUUUUUGUUUGUUCCUUUCUAAUUUCGACUCUUGUGAGGGCUAGGUUAGUUUAAUUUAAAUGUAUUAUUGUUUUUACUUUCCUCUUAUGGCUGGUUAUAAAUGGGAAAACAAGCAAAAGAGAGACCAUAUGCUUCCAUGCUCCCAUGACACUGGAUUUCAUAUGCAUAUCUAUUAUUAGACCAGCACAAUC